CUCAAAAGAAAGUUGGUUUGUCAAGCAGUAUACGCUACGCAGCGGCUGCCAUCAUAGUGGCCUAUCAAACGGGAAAAGCGUCCAACUCCUCUACGUCCGAGUAAACCAACUUCAAAACAACAGCCAAUUUUGCGCUAAUUUGGCACAAGAUUGGUUGUUGUGCUUUCUCUGGCCUUUUAAGAAAGCCUUUAGACCCGGCCACUCUCUACAAUCGGAUAUCUCUCUUUGUCCCCUGGCCAUACUGAUCGAUCCAUGUCUCUUGCCUCAGCCUUCAAAACUCAUUCCAGCAGCGGGGCAUGAUGCAUGAUGUCUGACCUCAAUGAGGUUAUUGAGCUCUACCGUGCGGCGCUAUUGCUCCGUCCCCCUGGUCAUGUCCACUAAUUCAUGUCUCUCAAUAACCUUGCCAUCAGCCUUACAGAGAGAUUCGAGCGGCAGGGUAUGCCGUCUGACUUGAAUGAGGCUAUCGAGCCGCACUGGCACUGUCUUCCUGGUUAUGUGCAGCGCUGCUGGUCACAUGCACACACCAGCAGUUGCCAGUUUGGGAGUUUUCAAGUCUCUAUGGUUGUCAACAGUCGAGGCCCUCACAAAGAGUUUCGAAAAUAACGACAGUGAUGAGAACGCGACUUACAUUACGCCGCACUACUGACUUGCGAA